CUACCACAAGAGCAACUACAGCAAACACAAUCAUUACAGUUUUUACCGGUCCUACCACAACUGCUAUAAUAACAACACCUCAACCCCCUUUUCAAAACUAUACUGUUGCAGCUGUUAUUGUAGAACCAUUUGUUGAUCAACUCAAUGAUCGUAACAGCAAACCUUUCAAAGAUCUUGCCAAAAGAGUGUGUGCCACGUAUGAUGCCAUCUACCGUCCAAAAUACCCUCAAACCUACAUGGGUUGUUAUGUCCUUGCAUUUAGUCAAGUCAUACUACGUUUGAAUGGUACUGAAGCAAAUGUGACCAUAGCGUUUAAUCAAACCACACCAGCCGUCCAAAUCCCAGCAGCUGCAGAAGUUCAACAAACCUUAGUAGAUGCUGUGACUAAUACCAAUGCCACCUACAAUGUUACAUUCCAACCUAACAUCAUCAAAGUAGAAGUUGCAUCUGUAACAACUGAAGCCCCUACCUCAAAUGCUACAGUUUCUGGAAAUACAACUACAACAACCACACCUAACAGUGCAGCAAAUUCAACAUUAGGUGUUACAGCUAUGACACCUGAAAGUGCAACCACUAAUGCUGCCAAUGUUACUACUAAUGCAAUCAGUCAAGCAACCAAUGCUUCGACCACAGCUUCAUCUGCCACAAAUACAGCAACCAAUGCUUCACCCACAUCUUCAUCUGCUACAAAUACAGCAACCAACGCUUCAAUCACAGCUUCAUCUGCAACAAAUGUAGUUCCCACUGCAGUAACAACCAAACCAGGUGCAACAGCAACAACCACCACCACUACAACAACUACUGCUGAGGCAAUAACAAUAAGGCAACUGAGGUUUAGGUCUGCUGGAGAGACGUACUCAACUGAUUUGGGGAGUCCAUCAUCUACAGCAUUCAUAAAUCGAGCUGCGCUUAUAAAGUCAGAGCUCGAGCCAUACUACCGACGACCAUUUACUACAUUCCGCUCUUUGAAUGUGAUUUCAUUCAG